AUGUGCAAAAUGAAGCAAUUCUUUUGGCGAUGGCCAUCGUGGGUCCUGAUUUGGACCACAUUCUCCUUGUCUUCAGCUAUGAAAGUAGUGCAGGAGUUGACCACCAACUCAUCGGCGUCGGUUGCCGUGCAUUCUGCGUACCUUUCACAUGCAAAGCACGACCUCAACGGGUCCGAGAUGGCAGUGCAGACUGCCCUCGUGGCCCGCUCCUCUCGCUCGAAGAUCUCGGUGGGCACCAAUUUCUCAAGUGCUGACGAGGAGCUCGACGCCGUGGUCUCAGCGAAGUUCUUUGGAGACGUUGUUUCAGCAGGCAUGAAGAUAGGCAGCGCCAUUGGCAAUGCGGCCAUCGUUGUCGGGAACCAUGUUGUAGAAGUCGCAGAGACCACGUACGAAAGCUUACCCGAUGAUAUCCAGGAUGCCGCGAGUAGCAUCGGCAACGUGGCGGUAGGUGCCAUGAAUGCAGCAGUCGAUGUAGGAGAGAUGGUGGCAGCUACCAGCGUUCAUCUUGCAGGGACGGCACUGGAUCAUGCAACAAGGUCCCUGGAGGAAGGGGCAAAGCUUUCCAGCAAGGUUGGCAAGUUCAUCGCGGACAAGGCUGCGGCACUCGGUGGGGAGAUUCAAAAGCUUGGGCCGUUGGCCGCAGGCUUGGCCUCUGCAGCCUGGGAGCAGAUCAAGAAGUUUGUCAGCUGUCUUUCCGAUUCGCUGUCUUUGUGUUCGGUGCUGAUUGGUGACCAGUGCGACUGUGAGGGUGGCAGCCAUGUCGAAGUCUCGACGGAUAAGUUUUCCGUGAGGUGUGUCUUCGAGAAAACAGCUGACUUUUCCAAAGGUUUCGGGGUGCGAGCCGUCCCCAAGAAUGACAUGAACGGCAAGACUUCAGAAGGUUUUGCGAUUCUGCCCGGAGAUGAGUUCGCACAAGCCUACAAGAUGGAAGGCCAACGCUUGAAAAGCUCCGAGGCAUUGAAGGACAAGACCACGUCAGGGUCUAAGGGCUCCUGUGAGUCGGCGUUGGACGUUGCUCUCGACACCGUUGCCCAGUUUAAACCAGACGUGACCAUGACGGUCUAUGGCAGCGGAACGACCGAGUUCACCAUCAAAGGGAUGGUGCGCGCAUCCGUUCAAGCGCUUGUCAAGGCACAAGGCAGCUGCUCCUUCAAGGCCAUGCGAGGAUUUCCCGAUCCUCCCAAGAAGAAGGUCAUCUGUGGCGGCAAAUUCUGCAUCGUAAUCAUGCUGCAGAUGGUUGCAGAGCUGAAGUUGAACGGCAUACUCACGGGAACGGUCGAAGUGAGUAGCGAAGCGGACUUCAAAGUCGAAGGCACAGUGCGUGUCACAAAGAGUGGCGAAGCCUCUGUGGAUAUGAAGAGAGUGUCGGACCGGUGCUCACGAUAUGGCCCGUGCCGGGUAUUCCUGUCACCUUCAGGCAGGCUCUCGGAAAACUAUGCCAAAGCCGGAGCCCUCAACCCAAGACCGAUCCACGAGUGUGAACCCCCUGAUCCUUCAGAUCCCUAG